GAAAAAUUGUGUUGAUCUCAGGAUAUCCAUAUCGAUCAACAGCGACGUCACUUUUAUAUACUUUAUUACUCAAUUCUUCAAAGUGCUCAACUACUUGUGAGUUUUCCCUUUUCCAUUUGUCGAUUUAAUUCUUAUAACGCACUACCUAUUUGUAUUUCUCGCUUGUGGCAUCUCGCCGGUGCAACUAAGACACCUGAGAACGUGUUGUCCGCACUGACUUCAAAGAAAUGUCGUGGCAGAAACGUGGACUAGAGCUAGACGAUGUUCAUGGUGAACCGAUCGCCAAAAAGCCAAAGGUGGAGGCACCUGCAGUGGACAGGCAGAAGCUCCUACGCUACCUGGAGAUUUAUCAGCAAGCGCAACGAGACAACAAGACACACCUGGGCCGCGCCAGUCCGAGCAUUACAAAAGGAGAGCAGCGCGCUCGAAAAGACGAUCUGAAAGAUCCCCCCGCAGGAAACGAGGGGAAGCGCCCGCGCACGGAUUCUGACAUGGAGGACUCCGCUGCAUCCAGGAUGGAAGAAACACAUGUGCGCGGGACUAACGCCCUCGGAGAAAAAAUAGACGACGGCGAGGAGGCAUUUACCCUCCAAGAGUGCAAAGUCACUUCCUGCAAAAGCUUGAACGCGCAAGCAGAUUCGCUCAUGAAUUCUGCAGCUGGCGACAGCGAAGACUCUUUCCUGCAGACAGUACUUUCCAACUUCGAGACCUACUGGGGAGCAAAGUACCUGACGCAAUGCCAGAGGUGGUUACUCAAACAAGCACGCGAAGAGACCCGGAAUUGGUACUCGGGUCUUUCACUUUGUUUUGUACUUAAAGAAACUUCAUGUUGAAGUUGAUUGCCAUGGCUAGUAUCAAGAUCAGCAUUUACUACGUUUGUUCCGCGCUGCGCCCACCGUGCACGUGGUAAAGUUGCUUUUACUUGUGUGUCGCGCAGAGCGUCAGCGUUCGUUCUGAUUCUACAACCGUCAUGUCCUUUCUAGAGGAUAUGUUGAUCUUCACUCCCAUCAAAAUAACACAGGGCAUCCGUUUGUUUAGAGUCACCCGCGGGGAGUGGAAAAUCUAUUGGAAGCGUUUUCGCGAUAGCUCGAGCGUUACAAGUCAGCGAAUCCAAACCGCACGGCGGACGGCUUAUCGGGAGGGAGGGGGCACAGCAGAACACGGACCACUUCAAGAACGUAUUCGAAGGACCAGCGACGCCACGUGUGCUCGUAAUUGCAUCCACCCGGAUUCUCGCCGAACAAACGCGGGCCAUGAUCAGAGCCUUCUGCCACGGUAUCCCUGCAAGUGUGCAGCUAGUCACGGGCGACGAAGAAAGAGGCACCGACGAAGCCGAGGAUACGCUUACUACGCUAGCGCGUUGUGGUGCAGAUAUCUUGGUAGCUACUCCGGGAAAGCUCAGGACCUUUCUCCAGGCAGACAUGGAGCAGCUGCAAGUGGUAGAAGAGCAGCGCCGGCAGGGCGAGCUGUCCGAGGCGAAUGCACAGCCUACAGGUACAAGUUCGGCAGUGUGGUGUCUACUUAAUGUCAAUGUUUUAUCAGCUUAAAGGCUCUCCAGCCCCCUCUAGAAGUCGAAGUCGAGCUGUAGGGGCUGUGCACGCACAGUCGCUUGAAAUUGGCUUCGCGCCAACAAGGAAGUAGACAAGACGACAUGUUAAAGACUAUCUCUAUCUAAAAAUCAAUCUCAAUGGAGCCAUGAUAAGCUUCAAACUGCAAUAAAUCAGCGUCGCAACCAGAAAGCAGCAGCAGCAUCAUAUGUUUAGACAAAGUCGAGCUGGUGGUGGUGGAGGGAAAAGAUCUCAAUAGUAAGGACUUUUUCCCAGAUCUCGAGGAAAUAGUGCAGAAGCAUAUCCUUGGGCGACGAAUCGGGUACACCGCAAAGAAUCCCUUCAAGCCCCGAUUUCUCUGGCUGGGAAUUGGGGACGACAUGAGGCAGCAAGUCGAGCCCCGCGUGAAAUCGUGGAUGCAGUUCGGCAACGGGAUGAGCAAGAACCUCGGCGCGCCGCUCCUUGUGGCGAAAGUGGCCACAGCCUCGGAGACCUGCGAGCCAUCCGGUGGCAGGAUCGCAGAGCAUCACUUGGCUGCAGUUGAGGUUCCCGCGCCGAGUGGCAGCGCCAUCUCUCCCGAAGGAGGCUACAGCGUAGACAGCCCGCAAAUGAAGCAAAUGACCCACAAGCUGCUGGACGAGUUGAGGAAGUGGUAUAGUUUCAAUCUUUCGCCGGUUUCUGAGCGAAGAUGUGUUUUAGUAGUUUGUCGGCGUGUAAGGACUACUUUUGAGUGUGACGGUGUUUGUUUCAAAUUCAAAAGCAAGAACCGUACCGAGAAGCCCAAAAUAUCGUCACAACAGGCACAACAAGAAACCCAGUUUCCGCUCCUUAGUUUUUGUCAACGAACGAGUCCGCGCCCACGAGGUAGCACAGAACCUACAGAGAAGCAGGGAGUACUGGUCAGGCUCGAAGGUGAAGGGCGACGAGUCUGGGUCUGCCGAGAGCCUGUCAGGCGACAUGGACAACAUAGCGCAGGAGAUGGCUGUGGGUAGAUUGAACCGCGGAGAAACCAGCGUGCUCGUGACCACCGAUAUUGGGAAAUCGGGCCUCAACUUCACCAAUGUGGACAUUGUCUUCAACUUCGACUUUCCGCGAAGCGCGGACGAUUUCUCAGAUCGGUGUGGGCGUGCCGGUCGAACCCAAAAAGGUGCUGAGGUGAUGUCGCUUAUUCCAUAUUACGCUGUCUCGAGAGGAGACAAAAGCGCCGAAUAUUUCGCCCUUUGCACCACGACACUCCCGCUACUUCGCCGCGUCGCGCAUUACGAUAACUGUCUCGAUGUCCCCCGGGAAAUCGUGCAAAUUCUUUCUCGCCAAUUUGAGGGGCAGUUGUCGCGUGAUAUGGAGCCUAACCUCCGCGAAGAUCAUUCUGCUGGAAAUGCAGGGGCAUAGGCAUGCGCAUAGUGUCAUAGUCAUAGUCCAACGUAGCCACUGUCUUACAGCAGUCGAGUAUUACAAUACGCAUACAUACAUGUAACAACAUAGAGGUCGCGCAAUCGGAAUCGCUCACCUUCCUAAUGUCCAUAUACAACUCUACUCACUCUCAUUCAUUGAACCCGAGAAGCCGAUCCCAGAAUCUUCAUCUACAACGCGGUCAGCUGCCUUGUUGACGUAAUACUAAGUAGUAAAGCGACGAAUCACACAUAGUAUUACGAUGCCCGACAAACAACGGGCCGCAGCAUCUCCAAU